UUAUCGCACACUUAACCAACCCCAAUUCUCUCCUCCUGCAAAAAUUAUUCCAUCUCCUUCUCAAAUUCUGCUUCAAUGAAAUUUCCCCCUGAACAAAAUUUCUGGUUCCAUUAAUAACAACAAUCCCCUUAACCAUUCCCACUACCAAAACCAACUUAGAGUUCUCAAUCUUUUCAAACCCUAACCCUAACAAUGAUGGCAGCAACAGCAGCAGGAAGUGAUGUUGAAGCAGGUUUUGCAAAACUCCAAGGUGAAGAUUUCGAAUACUAUAUGCAAACAUAUUCAAUCAUAUUAGGUAGGAACAGCAAGAAAUCAACAGUAGAUGUUGAUCUAUCAAGUCUUGGUGGUGGUAUGAACAUAUCACGCCACCACGCCAGAAUCUUCUAUGAUUUUCAGCGUCGUCGUUUCGCUCUUGAAGUAAUCGGUAAAAAUGGUUGUUCCGUUGAAAAUGUUCUUCAUCUGCCAGGAGAUCCUCCAAUCAAAUUGGAUUCACAAGAUUUGUUACAAAUUGGGGAUAAGAAGUUUUAUUUUUUGUUGCCUGUGAGGAGUAUUUUGGGUACUUCGAUUAUACCGCCUAGGCUGAAUACGUCUGCUGUUGGGGGGAGAAUUGGGGCUGUGACGCCGCCGUUGUAUGGUCGGGGACAAAUUAGGGCAGCGAAUGAUUAUGAUGAUGAUGAGGAAGAUGAGGAGGAUGAAGAUGUUGAAGGAGAAGAUGAAGAAGGUUAUGAUGAGUAUGAUGAUGCUGGUGGUAGUGCUAGUAAGAGAAUGAGGAGGGCAGGGGAAAUGCAGGAGUUUGGUUAUGGAGCUGGAAAAGCUGGAUCUUCUGGGCAAUUGGAAAAAAGGCCAGACUCAAGAUCAAGGGGCAGCAGGGAUGCUGACAAUAAUGAACUGUUGAAGUUGGAAGAAAAAGAGGUAGUUUCUUGUGUAGCUAACGUGCUUUCUGAUCUCUGCGAUCCAGGAGAAUGGAUGGCCAUGGCCAAACUUCAUACCGAGUUGCUGGAGAGGUAUGGGAAUGUUUGGCAUCAUGGUAGGGUAAGGAGAUACCUGACUUCCGAAGAAUGGCCCAAGGGAAAACCAUGGGUUGGCUUACUUGCAUUGCUUAGGAAAUACCCGGAACACUUUGUCAUCAACAUAAAGUCGAAGGGGGGCCGGAAUGUGGCAGAGUUCGUUUCAUUGGUCUCCUUGAUUUCAUAAUAGUGCAUUCACAGCAACUUUACAUUCCCCUGCUCUAAUUUAUAUGUGAUUCUUUUUCGUGCUUGUUGUAUGAGAAACCUUUUUGUUUAACCUCGAAGCACAUCAUGUAUAUUAACCAAGGAGGGCCUAAACAGUAGGACAAUGUACUUGAGCAUCUUUCUUGUUUCUACUUAUAUUAGAGUAAUGCAAGCCAGCAAAAA